AUGCGCAGUGCAGUAAGUAGGUGUGCUGCCGAGCAUGCGCAGUGCGACUUGUUGGCUUUAGUUGGGAUGCAGUUGGUUCGGGGGCUCGGGGCAAGAAUCGGGAGAGGAGUCGGGAUCACUGGGGGGAAUCGGCAACAAAGGAGCUUCUCCAGUGGACAGGUACUGAGAGCCCCUCACACUAAAAGGGGAAGCAGUGUGCAAACUUUAUAACAGCAUGCACAGGGAAUUCUUCUAUCAGAGCAGCCCAGAACUGCUGGCUCAGCAAAAUAGAAAUAAUUUGUUACAAAGGGGGAAAAAGUAUGUUUGCUAAGAGAAAGUUCACCUUGUUACUUUAAACUACUUCUGUUGAUUGGUGAGGGUUUCAAUUAAUUUGUUACAAAGCUGCUAGAAAAGACUGCAUAUUGUGGGCGGGGUAACUGAUUUAAAGGUAAUAUUGAUUUUGACACUUUUGGCUAUCAAAUCACAGGAGAACAGCAGUGAUGGGAUAUUUUGAACUACAUUUCCUAUGAUGCUCAGUCAAUAUUUAUGUUGGCUGAGCAUUGCAUUGAAUCUAGUCCACAGACCAUGCCAAGAGAGGCAUCUUUAGUCAUUAUUAUACCUUCUAUGUAGUGUCAUGAAAAGGGGGGACACUUGCAAAGAGGUGUGAAACUAGUAGCAGGUGUAGUGUUUCCACACUGCUCUUAUGCAAGUUCAAUUCAUGCUUUACACAGCUAAGAUCAAAGGUUUCAGAUUAUCUGAGUUUGUGGACUGUGGCCCUGGGAGACUAAAGGAAUGUUCUUAGUCAGAUUUAUUAGGGAAUUCAGGCGCUAAUGAGUGGGGGAGGCUGACACUAGUGGUUUGGAUAAAGACUAGAUUGGCAUUGCUGCUGGUAGUGGCUAGGAAACAGGGUAACAAUUAAUUUUAUUGUGUCUCUCUUUGUUUACAGCCUAGACAGAGAAAUAACUGUUCAGCCACAACUUGAUGACUUUUACUGCUACAGUGUAAUACAUAUACAGAUAAGUCCUGCUGGAAGGCAGCCAUUAUCUGUUUCACUGGUAAUGGUAUUGCUUUUAGAGCCAUCAUGUUUUAAUGGGGACAUAUUACUUCACCAUAUUAUAAGGAAUUAUAUGAAAAGGACUGCCCUUCAGUAUGCUAAAUUCAUGUGAUUCCAGAUUUAAAUUAUUAAUAGGGAGGAAUCUUAAAGAAGCUGUUUGAUUAGCUAAUUGAUAUCCCUUGUGCUGCAAAGGAUGUAUAGAUUUUGAGUAGCACUUUUCAUGUACUGCCUUGCAGCACAGCAGUCUAUGUGUCCAGUAAAACCCGGUGGAUCUUGGAGAUCUAGGUAAAUGUCUAUAUAGGUCAAAAUGAUUGACAGACCACUUUAGAGAGCAAUGGGGUGUGCGACCGUUCACAGUCUGGGUGCUAUAUAUCGAGGAAAGCUGGGCUGUAAUUGGCUUAAUGAAGGGCACGGAUGAGCAGUUACUGCAUCUGCCUAACAGAUGUGGCAAGUUCAGCUUAUAAACAGUGUAUACUGGAAUGUAUUUUUUAACUCGUUAAGGACCAGUACAGUCCAUCAACACAAUCUAUUCCCCAAUGUCAGCUCAGAAUGCUCGGUUUAUCUACCAGCAGUAACUCUCUAGUGCCCUGCUAAUGCUAAAUAUACAAGAUCUCCCAUCUCAGUGACUUUAAAGAACUGCUUAUUUUGGGCGAAAUGGAUGGGUGUUGGUCUUUAACCCUUUGAGUGCCUGGGGUGUGCCCAGCACCUUCUUCUGGUAUUCGGAAACUUGUCUGCUGUUCAUGCACCCUGCUUAUUCAGAAUAUUUUGACCACAGGUUGGAAAUUGACCCAAAGUGCCAUCACAUUCCAACAUUAAACUCUAUUUUUACAUACGUCAGAUUAUUUCAAGUGUUUAUGUAAAAAACUACCAACAUAUUCUUUAGGGCUAAAAACAUUAUGCUAGGGUAUUAGAAAUGUUGGUUUUCAUUGCAUUGAGCAUCUUUUAAGCUGCCUCAAGUAGAUUCUCCAUUGAUUUUACCCCUUAAAUUACUGACUUUUUUUUUUAUAGGGGUUAAAUGCGAACUGAGGUGCUCAGCUACAAGGUAUUGUGCCAGUUGUGCCAUAGUAAUCCAGGGUACAAUGUAGCUUAGGUUUGUUGUCAGCUGUAAUUUCUACAUAAGAUCUCCACAAAUUAUAGUAGCAAAUAAGGCCAUGGUACUUAUGUUUUUGGUGUUUCUUUUCCAAGAUGGGUUGGCUAGUACACCUGUAGUUCUUGGGCUUGCUUAGCCUUUCGUAAACUCCCUAACCCCUUAAGGACACAACUUCUGGAAUAAAAGGGAAUCAUGAUGGAAUAGUUCCGUCAUCUGUCCUUAAGGGGUUAAAACCUUUUGUUCACAAGAUAAUCCUGGAAAAGUUCAAGUCACAGUCUGAUGUUGGCUCUAUGAAAUAAUUUUUUUUACAUAGCACCAACCUAUUCAGCGGCAUUGUACAACGGGAAUCAAAACUAAAUGAAAAGGUGGAAAGUGUACUGCUCAGAGGAGCGUACGGUCUGUAUCAAUCAAUGUUCUGUGUUACCUUCCUAAAAUUCUUUGAUUUGAGACAUGCCAAGUAAACAAGCCUUUUAAACUCUCAUCGCAGACAGAUGCUCCUCAACGUACUCCCUUGUACAACUUUCACCGCGAUCAUGGUGGAAAGAUGGUGGAAUUUGCUGGGUGGAGCCUUCCAGUGCAAUAUAAGGAUAGUCACAUCGCCUCCCACCUGCACACCCGCCAACACUGCUCUUUGUUCGAUGUCUCCCACAUGUUACAGGUAACAUAAUGUCUUCUGCUGCUCAUAUUUGCAAGCAGAACUGUAUAUUAAGAAUACACUGUUUUUGGUUAAAGUACCACUAGCCCUGCUGCCAAACUUUAAAAAAAUUAAUUUAAAGGACCACUCUAGGCACCCAGACCACUUCAGCUUAAUGUAGUGGUGUGGGUGCCAGGUCCAGCUAGGGUUAACCCAUUUUUUAAUAAACAUAGCAGUUUCAGAGAAACUGCUAUGUUUAUUAAUGGGUUAAGCCUUCCCCGUAAUCCUCUAGUGGCUGUCUCAUUGACAGCCACUAGAGGCGCUUGCGUGCUUCUCACUGUGAUUUUCACAGUGAGAGCACGCCAGCGUCCAUAGGAAAGCAUUGUAAAUGCUUUCCUAUGCGACCGGCUGAUUGCGUGCGCAGCUCUUGCCGCGCGUGCGCAUUCAGCCGACGGGGCAGAACGGAGGAGGAGAGAAGGAGAGCUCUCCGCCCAGCGCUGGAAAAAGGUAAGUUUAAACCCCUUUCCCCUUUCCAGAGCCGGGCGGGAGUGGGACCCUGAGGGUGGGGGCACGAGUAUGUUUUCCUGGCACUAUAGUGGUCCUUUAAGUGUCAAAUCUCCUCAAACCGAUCUUUGACUCCCAAUUCAGGGACAUUAAAGAAUCCAUUGAUAAUGCAGUCCAUUUACUCUAAUCCCACUCCACCCAAAUCACUCUACUAGAAACCGGACAAAGCGCAACUGAAGAUGAACUACACCAAUUACAAUCGACCAUACGAAGACAGCACAAUACUUUAACAACUCUACAGGACAAAUUAGACAAUCUCGAAAAUCAGAGUAGGAGUAACAAUCUAAGGUUUGUGGGCUUCCCUGAAUCGUUAACUUCGGCUGACAUUAUCCCCACUCUACAAGGCUGGCUAAAGGACACCCUACAGCUCAAUACCCACGCCCAUUGUUAUUGAACGAGCACACAGAUUAGGGCCCGAUAGGCUCACUGACGCCACUAAAUCACGACCAAUAAUAGCAAAAUUUCUCAACUUCAAUGAUACAGUUCGUAUCCUUACAGCCUAUAAGCAACUGCCCCAACUCCCCUAUCAAGACAAAAGAAUUCUAAUCUUCAAAGAUUAUUCUGUACAAGUCACACAGCGGAGACAAGCCUUUACUCCUAUCUGCUCAGCAUUGCAUAAGAUUUGCCCUGCUGUACCCUGCCACUCUACACUUACGUAUCGCAAAUCAUACUUUAUCUACAUCUUCAGUAUCAGAGGCCACCACCUUUCUUCAGAAUAUUCUCCCGAAUUGGGGAGCACCUUCACCAAAUUACUCGGCCGGAUCCUCACCACGUAGGGAGGAGUGAUGAACCAUCAUCUCUAAGUGUUAUUUGGUUUACUUAUCUGUAUAUAGUUUGUGCCACUUGGCCUACUACACACCAGAUCCACUGGACUCCUUGCCUACCUCUUACUCUGGGAUUUUCCGUCCGCUUGGGCUGGGAUGGACAGAGUCCCCUUUUUAUACUACCAAUCACAGCUAUACCAACUUCCCCGGUAUCGGCUAGGACACGAAUGUCUUCUCACCCAAGAACUUUCUCUACUUCUGCUAUCAAAUUCCUCUCCUGGAAUGUAAAAGGGGCAAACACACCCAUAAAGAGAAGAUUUUGACACAUUUAACUAAACAGCAACCGCACGUUACCCUUCUACAGGAGACUCACUGGUCACGAUGGUCUGACACGCAGCUUAAAGCACCUUGGAUCCAGUCCUGUAUUACAGCUAAAUAUAAAUCUAAAACACGGUGGGUGGUGAUCUUCUGCACUCAAGCCUUCGAUACACAAUACACAGAUGCGAGGUUGACCCGGAGGAUCGAUACGUAAUAUUAUGUCUUACUGUCAACUCAAUCUGUUACUGCAUUGUGAAUGUUUAUGCCCCUAACUCUUCACCGGGCCCUUUCUUCACAAAACUUCUGACCCUGCUUGCUCAAAUAGAUGUAGAUAAAGUUAUAGUCAGGGGGGAUUUCAACGUGGUAAUGGAGCCAGGCAGGGACAGAUCCUCAAGAGGUGUGACUCCUCCCACAGACAGUGACCGCAGUCUCUCCCACCUCGUGUCCACCUAUAAUUUACACGACCCUUGGAGGAUACUCCAUGGCAAUGAAAGGGACUACACCUUUCACUCCCUAGUGCACAAUUCCUUCUCUAGAAUAGAUAUGUUUCUAGUGACCCCAACACUCCUGCCAUAUAUAUCAAAAACAGCCAUUGAAUCGAUCGUGAUAUCUGACCACGCACCUAUCACAAUGACAAUAUCCACACCUCCAACUCCUCCACACACUAAACACUGGCGCUUCCCUGUAUAUCUCACGACUCAGCAAUCGUUUCAGACUCACUUACAGACCCACUGGGCAAACUUCCUAGAUGACAAUCUGGAACACGUGGAAGAGCCAAAACUACUCUGGGAGACUUCCAAGGCAGUCAUGAGGGGACAGAUAAUUUCAUACACUUCAUCCACUAAGAGAAAAUGGCAGAGGACUACGCAGUCCUAGAGGCAGAUCUCAAACAAGCUCAUACGAGGUAUUUAGCUAAUCCGGUCCACCGCUCACGCAGCAAUUAAUAAAGCCUUUCAUAACUACUAUCGACAGCUCCGACUGAUCAACAUGCUCAGGGUAUGGCUUUUUUUUUUUAAAAAUCUGAACCUACCCCACAUAGACGAGGACUCCCGGGAACUACUUAGCGCCUCCAUCACUGAAAAAGAAUUCAUAUAGGUAUUGCUUCUCUUAAAUCGGGUAAAGCCUCAGGCCCGGAUGGCUAUACCGCUGAAUAUUACAAAACUCUAAAACACCAGAUCAGCCCCACCCUUAAAGCCCUUUUUGACCAAAUCUAUCUGAGAGGACUCUCAAUAGACUCCCUUAACCAAGCACGUACCGUGCUAAUACCGAAACUAGGUAGGGAUACGUCUUAUCGCCCUAUAUCGUUGCUCAAUAUGGACCUCAAAAUUCUCACUAAGAUCAUAGCCUCAAGAGUUCAAUCAUUUUUACCCAGGGCCCUCACGGGUCACCAACUGUGGUUCGUGGUGGGAAGACAGAUGAUCACGGGUGUCCGGAGGGCGUUGGCGGCUGUGACGGGUGUUACGGGGGGGAAGGUGGGCUUCCCCUCGUCUUCCCUCAUCAGCCUCGACAUUGAGAAGGCAUUCGAUAGCAUCACUUGGCAACAUUUGAUACGCGCCCUCAAGCUGCGCUACUUCGGGCACAUCUUUGUGACCUUUGUUAAAAACCUGCAACCCAACCCAACCACAUGCAUCACAACAAAUUGACUGGAUUCCCCAUAUUUCACGCUGGGAUGGGGGGUACGACAGGGAUGCCCCCUAUCACCACUACUAUUUAACCUAGCUAUAGACCCCCUGAAUCCAUUGAAUCAAUGCCGGACUUCAAGGGCAUCCCCCUGGGAGAUGUCAAUAUGAAGGUCUCUGCCUUUGCCGACGACAUACUCUCAGAGCCAACCUCCUCCAUACCACCUAUCCUUGACCUACUUGACAAAUUCCAUGCCCUGGCAGGACUUAAAGUUAACUGGUCGAAAUCCUGUGCGCUACAUCUGGGGAGGGGAUCGUCUCCUAGGCUACCGAGGGGGGUCCCACUGAAAUGGCAAACCUCGGCCUUACAAUAUCUAGGGAUCAAGAUCCCAAGAAACAUAGGCCAACUGUACAAACUAAACAUUCCUCCUGUUCUCUCCUUCAUUUUUAAUGAAUUGGAACACUGGCACAAGUUGCCACUCUCCUACAUAGGACGGGCCAAUCUCUAUAAACUAGUUAGUUUCCCAAAGCUACUAUACCCGCUUCACGUACUCCCAGUCUUACUCUCCAAAAAAGAUGAAUGUCUUCUAAAUAAAAAACUGAGGCACUUUCUCUGGCAGGGAUCGAGGGCCAGGCUGAGCCUAACUAAACUUCACCAAACCAAAUGCAACGGAGGACUUAAUCUCUCAAACGCCAGUGAAUACAGUAUGGUGGCCCAACUCUGGCAUGUGCUCGAUUGGAUCCAGUCGCAGUCACGCUACUCAGACCUAGCUCUGGAAUCCUUUUAUGGCGCAGCCGCAUUCCCUGACAGUACUCCUACACAAACCACACAGCCUACUUUCAGAUGAUAUUCUCUCAAACCCUCUCUUGGCUGUCACAAUUAAGGCGUGGAAUAUGUCUCGGACCAGCAUUGGGGCAAACCCGCUAUGCUCCAUACAUCUACCCCUGCUCCGGAACCCUGGGUUCCAGGAUGGAUCCAACACCUAUCCAUUCACGAUGUGGUCAGGGCAGGGCCUCGGGUCUCUGAGUUCCUUUGCAGAGUUUGACACAAACAGAUUUCUCACCAUGGGGUGCCUGAGGGAGCGCUUCCCGGACCUUCCCAUACCCUGGUUCGCAUACUUUCAAGUACGACUUUAUUUUAAUUCUUUAUUUUGUUGGUGCGUUGCAUAGACAUGUUAACGCUUCAAGACAUCAGCAAGACAGUUAAGAUGAUGGUACAAGUUCAUAUCACUUGUUAGGGUAUCAACACCGUUUUAUAUGGUAGUUAAACAAGGUAAGACGAGUCGAGAUUACAUUUACAAAUGACAGGUUGAGGGGGUGAUGCAGGACUCGAUCUAGAGAUUGCAUGAGGGUUGUGUUUUGCAUGUUGAACUGGGAGAGUAGAGUAAGAGUGAGUGGUGAAAUAAGGAGUGUGACCGGUGGUGCCCAUUGUGUUAUGAGGGGGGCAGUAGCCCUUCUCCUUGCUAGUACUGUAGGGCUGAGCACCUCUGGUGUUGGGGUUCUCCUCUGCGUGGGGUGCCCCUCACCAUGGGGGUGGCGAGGGGAGUAUAUAAAAUUUGCUUGCCAGUGGGGAUCAUCGAUCUGUGACCACGCGUAGGUGCAGUAUAUUUGACGCACCUUAAGGCCAUGUCAGGCUAUAUUGCUCAUGCUGCGUUAGCGUGGUGGGCAUUUAUUUCAUGGUUGCCGGGUGGUCAAGAGUGUGAGAGAGCUGUAGAACAUUUGUGGAUAACAUGAAAGAAAACAAGCAAACAUAAAGGAAACGCAGGCACACUAUGGGUAACAGCCUUGGUGCGAUUUUCUGUCGCAUGUUAUAUAGUCAGGUUGGUGGGGGUGCGGCUGCACCAGUUCUUGAUUCAAAUAUCACGAUGUUAGCUGGAUCCCAGCCUCCAGGGUUCCGCGGCCCAGAUGGGAUAGCGGUGGGCAUGUGUAGACCCUGUGCGGUCAGGAGCGUUGGUCCUUCGGAGACAGUUCCCAGCUUGUGUGUGGCUCCUUCGUGUGAAAACAGUAGGGAUCGUGGGGUCCCCCACCUAUAUGCGAUCCCUGUUGUGCGUAGUUGAGAUGUGAUCGGUUGUAGAGAUCUGCGCCAUUGUAGGGUGGCCCUUGUGAGGUCCUGGUAGACCGUGAGCUGGGAGCCUUCAAAUGUAUAUGGGGUUUUGUCCCUCAGGGCUGUCAGCAAAUGUCCUUUGUCCUGAUGUGAUAUGCAGCGGAGGAUAAUAUCCCUGGGGGCAGCUGGUUGUGCCUUGGUGGGUCCAGGUAAGAGAUACGCAGUUCCUCUGCUGUUACUGUGUCAGGGACCCCGCAAAUCUUGACGUUAUUAAGCCUGUGGCGGCCUUCUAGCGCUGAAAUGUGUGAGGUAAGUACCUGGUUAGUGGACUGAAGUUUGCUUAGGGUGUUUUGCAUGGUUGAUAUCUCUGCGCGGAUAUCUUGUAUGUCAUUCUCUGUGGCACUGACGCGGUCUGUGACCUGCUGAACGUCCUUUUUAAUUGCCGCUGUGUCCGCUGCCAGUAGUUUCUGUAUGUUCAGUAAGAGGGUCUGUAAUUCUUGCUUAGUGGCUAGGUUGCUGGUUAUGGAGUCAAGAUGUGUGGUGUCCGUUUCAUCCCUCACCAAUGUGGCCUGUGUCCCCUUGUGUUCCAUCCUGUCUGAGCUGUUCCUCGUGCUCCCGCUCUCCCCGGCCACCAAUUUGGAUGGUGCCUACUUUUGCAGCAUUGUGCUUAUGUCCCUUGAGUCCUGGACAUCUCCAUGCAAGGGCUUUUGCUGUUUGCGCCUCAUGUCCACCGGGUUUGCUGUGGGACUCUGGGGGUUUUGGAGGUAUCUCGUCGGCUCUGGUAAGUACUGCACCUCCAAGAAGCGUGUCCCAGCUAAUGUAGGCCCCGGACCUGCGCUUAGAUUUGCCCGAUUUCGGAAGAAGGACAUCGGUGGGCAGCGGGUCAGUUUCCCAAGCUGAUGGUGGUGUCACUGGGGUUGGAUUGCCCCUGGUUCGUCCUUUUUGACGCGGGGAAUCAGUUAGCUUAUCGGAUCCCAAAUAGAUGGCGUCUGCUCGGCUGCGCUGGCAAGCUCCGCCGUGAUUGACACUCUUAACCCCAUGAAUACACAUUCUUUAAAGCUGCAUUUUAACACCGUACCCCACAUUCCAUGAAUUUUGACACAGAUUUUUAAUCCAACUCACAAACUGCAGAAUGUCAAAUUUCUUCUUCCCUUGAAUGACAUUGAUCUGAAAGCCAUGAAGAGGAUGGGGUGAGCCUGACUGUAAGCGGACAUCAUAAGUACGACAUUAUUUUUACAACAUAAGUCAAUGCCUCACGCCCUCCGACUGGAGUAACUCUCUGGAUCGUCUUUUAUGCACCACAAACCCAGCAUUUUACUCCAUCUCUACCCUCUAUGCCCUUCUACGAUACACAUCCGAUUGGACCACAUUACAGACCGGUCUGAAAGACUAAUUUCCCUGACAUCACACCUAAGAACAUCCUAAACUCACAUUACACUCAAAGUCAACUGCUCCCCAUGAUUUCAUAUCGAGAUAUGUUCCUGAAAACCACACACUAUGCAUAUUUCACGCCACAUAGACUACACCUCAUGGCAAGGAAGGACUCCUCUACCUGAUUUAAAUGCACUCACACCAAAGCAGAUGUGUCACUGUCUGUGGGAGUGUCCCACGAUCCAGAUUUCUGGAGAGCGGUUACUCAAUACUUAACGAACAACAACAUGAAGCCCAUAACAUUAAAUCCCAGUUUUCUAUUGUUGGGACCCGUAAGCGGUGACCCCAUACCUAAUAGAUGCUUCUCUAUGAUUAUAGCAGCGGUGGGCCGCAAAACAAUUCUUCAAGUUUGGAACCAGCCAGGCAGUCCAUCACUUACUUUAUUCUUAACCAAAUUCAAGUUCCUUUUUAAAAUGGAUUGGCUUCAUACCCUAACCAACAAGGAACUUCUGGUAAAAAUUUUUUUCCUCACAUGGUAAUUGUAUAUUUCUACGCUAGACACCUCCUUCCAAUCUAGAAUUAGAGCAACUAUGGAGUACACGGCAUGGUUCUCAGCUGAGGUGGUGGUGGGAAGGGAUCCAUUGGGUGUGCUACUCAUCCAUAAAUCUAUAUACGGCUCCUGGAGGGCGGGGAUGUCCAGUGGACUGGUCAUUGUAAAUAGUUAUUGACCUUGAAAAACCCGGGAGGGGGGGAGGAAAGGCAAACCUAUAUAGAACCAGUGGUUGCAGAGCAAUCAAAGCAACGUGGAUAUAAAAUGCAUCUGAUUAUAAGAUAAACAUACCUAUAGCAAACUUAUUAAAUGUACUAAAACAGUUAAAUUCUUAUGACACCCAAUACAAAAUGUCAUUAUGACAUGUAACGCUGACUAUACAAUCACUGUUUCAUUGCUCCACACGGAUCUCUACCAACCCAACUCACACGGAUGCGGAUCACACCUCACGUACACGUCACAUCCCACGACAAAAACACACUGACAAACCUCCUGAAUAACACUGCACCAACCACAAUCCCACUCCUACAUAACAGGUUAAACACAACAUCUCCUAAGGUUAUUUGUUUUCUGUUUUUUGUUCUUCUUUAAUUAUAAAAAAUUAAACUCUGGCAGAGGGCAACCAAAUCAACCAACACACAAGGAAGAAAACCCUCGACUCGACUUUCUUUUCCUUUCUGUAAUGCAUAAUUGACAUAUGUACUAUCAUAUGGCUUUUGCACAAGCCUAACAAUGUUACUUUACCAUACGAUCUGCAAUUGCAAAAAUAAAGAUUUAAAAAAUAAGUUAAAAAAACCUUAACUCUCACUUGCCAAAGGCCAAGUUCUCACACACAGCUGGCCUCUCAUGUCAAUAUUGCAUAGAAUUAACAGUAGCCACCUGGAACUGUACUUUCCAACUGGCUGACUCCCCUGUUAUGCUGCUGGAGGUGGAAUAACACCUCCAGAAGCAGAAGGGUUAGUGUCUGACUUUAGGCACCAUGACCACUUCAAAUCAAUGAAGUGGUCAUGGUGUAUAGAGUACCCCUUUAAGAAUGGAACAUUUGCUGUACUGCAUAUCCAAUGAAUUCCUUUUGAGCAGAGCUUUAUGGGAUAUAAUCAGAACUCCCCAAAAAACAUGAUGUAAGCAGAUAAGGUAUACAACAUAAAAUAUGUCCUCUUGUUUCAGACCAAGGUUCAUGGAAAGGAUCGGAUACGUUUCAUGGAGAGCCUGGUAGUGGGUGACAUUGCUGAGCUGAAGCAGAACCAGGUUAAAUAAUUUUUCAUUAGGUUACAUUUUAUAGUUUCUUCCAUACAGUAACAUUUGUCAUUACUCUUUUAAUCACCAACAGUUAAUUGACAGUUAAAUUUAUAUUUCUCAAAUGCUGCUAUUUUUCCAACUUGGCUAAUUAAACUUUAACUUUACCGUCAAAGUGCUACCUCUAAGUCAGAGUGAAAUACUAAAAAUAGGAAUUGAAACUUUUAAGUUAAAAUAUUGAACUUAAAAUAGUCCUCCUUUUCACCUAUGUACUCCACUUAGCUAUUUUUGAAAUUCUUUAUUUUUGUUGUGCAAAGAAUAACAUACAGGCACUUUUUAUCAUGUCAGCGAGGCUAUAAGAAACAAGCAUCAGUACGUUAGAGUAACUUAACAUGUCGAGAAUACUGCACAUUUUAAGGAAUAAAAGAAAAAUAUAGAGAGGCUGUUAGCAGCAUAUAUCUAGUUGAACCAUCAAAAAGAUUGCAUAGGGCUAUAUAAUUGAACAGACAGGAAAACCUAUCAAUGUUAAUAGACAGCUGCUCACAGAUGAGUGAAGUAUGUAAGAACAGGACAGGAGCUGGGGGAGUGGGUGUUGAAAUUAAAGCUAUUGUAUCUGUGAUAAUCCCGGUUUCAGAUGAAGUUGGCCUCAGGGCCAACGGUCAUGCCAUGAGCAUACUAAGCUCUCACUGAAUACUUUUAUAACAACCUACUUUGUACCCCUACUUUUACCCUUUGUGUCACUAUACCCCACUCCCUCUAGAAUGUAAGCUCAUUGAGCAGGCCUCUCCACCUCUCUGUUUCUGCACAUCCAGUUGUCUGGUUACAAUUACAUGUGUUAGUCCACCCACCAGCUGCUAGAAGUAGGAGGAGAGAUAGUGACAGAAGGUGUGAAUGGGUUUUAUAUGAGCUAGAAUGAGAUUGAGUGAGUUAAAGCAGGAGAGAGAGAAUAGAGAAAUUAGUGCAGGGCUUGAGAUGAGAGAAGGGGGGAGUGCAGCAGAGAGGGAUUUCGUGGUUUUCCUCCUAUCUCUCCCAAUGCUCAUUCCGUGUCUCCUUUUCUAAUGAUACCUCCUCCCCUCGUCCUGUCUCGGUUGGAGUCCCCCAAGGCUCUGUCCUUGGUCCCCUUCUAUUUUCUCUCUAUACUGCCUCUCUUGGCAAACUUAUUACCUCUUUUGGAUUCCACUACCAGCUGUACGCUGAUGACACCCAGAUAUCUCUCCUGCCGUCCUGCAACGUGUCACUGCUUGCCUUUCUUCCAUCUCUGACUGGAUGUCCCCCCCACUUUCUGAAACUCGAUCUCUCUAAAAUGUAGCUUCUUAUCUUUCCUCCUCUUUCGCUCUCCCUUCAAGUUACUGGUACCCACAUCAGUCCUUUCUUGCAAGUGCGCUAUCUUGGCGUCAUACUUGAUUCUGGCCUUACAUCCAGUAUGUUGCCAAAUCCUGUAGAUUCCAUCUUAAAAACAUAGCCCACAUCCGCCCCUUUCUUACACACGAUUUUACCAAGGAGCUUGUCGAUGUUCUAGAAAUUUCCCGCAUGGAUUAUUGUAACCCUCUCCUGAUUGGUCUUCCCAAUCCCAAAAGCCGUACUGCACCGCUACAGUCCGUAAUGAAUGCUGCCGCCAGAUUGAUUUUCCUCUCUAGUCGGUUCUCUCACCCCUUUGCCAGUCCUUACAUUGGCUUCCUGUAUCCUUUAGGAGUCAAUUCAAGGUACUAAUUCACACCUAUAAAGUACUGAACAAUUCUAGCCCUUCUUAUAUCUCUUCACAGAUCCAUAGGUAUGUCCCUUUUCUGUCUCUCCGCUCUGCCUGUGACCACCUCCUGUCCGUAGUUCGCACCCGUACGGCCAACUCACGCUUGCAGGACUUCUCGCAGGCGGCUCCCUUCCUAUGGAAUAGCCUGCCUACCGCCAUCAGACUCUCCUCUAGUCUUGCAUCUUUUAAGAAGUGCCUUAAAACCCAUCUCUUUAGGAAAGUUUAUGGCCUCCCAGAGUAACCUCUACCUUGCAUACCUGUCUUUUGCUCUCUCCUAAAGGGCAGCACUCUACUCUCUCCUCCAGCUCUGCUUCACUCCCACCUUAUUAAAUUGCAAUUUCCUGCCCUAUUGUGUUUUAUACCCCACCACCUAUAGACUGCAAGCUCGUUUGAGCAGGGUUCUCUUCACCUUAUCGUUCCUGUAAGUUGUCUUGUAAUUGUCCUAUUUAUAGUUAAAUCCCACCUCUCAUAAUAUUGUAAAGUGCUACAGAAUCUGUUGGCGCUAUAUAAAUGGCAAUAAUAAUAAUAAUAAUAAUAGGUAGAGCGUAUACAAAACAUAAUCAUAAAAUAACAAUUAAAAGGACACUAUAGUCACCAGAACAACUACAGCUUAAUGUAGUUGUUGUGGCUGAGUAUACUCAUUCCCUGCAGGCAUUUUCAUGUAAACACUGCCUUUUCAGAAAAAAAGGCACUGUUUACGUUGCCCAUUAGGGACACCUCCAGUAACCACUCCUCAGAUGGCCACUGGAGGUGCUUCCUGGGACAGUGCUGCAGCACUGCCGUUCAGCGUAUACAUGCUCUGCAUGGAGAUGCUGAAUCUUUCUCAUAGAGAUGCAUUUAUUCAAUGCAUCUUUAUGAGGAGAUGCUGAUUGGCCAAGCUGGCAUUUGGCCCCGCCCCAUGCAGCCUUCUUGCAGAUUUCAGCCAAUCCAAUGCUUUCUCUAUGGAAAGCAUUGGAUUGGCUGAAAUCAUAAAUUCUGAUGUCAGCAAGGAGGUGCGUCAGGGGCCGGGGUGGUUUUAACAGUAUAGGGUUAGGAAUACACGUUUAUAUUCCUGACCCUGUGGUGUUCCUUUAAGUUAGGCCAAAACCCACCAAAAAUAGAAGAAAAAAAAAAAAGUAGGAAAGUCAGGUAAUCGCCACCAGAGAAGAUCCACUGGAAGACGGAGUGAAUGGGACAACAUUGGCUGGAUCCCAUGCUGUGGAAGUGGACAAGGAAGUUAAGCUUAAAGUACCCUGGGCAGCAUCCAUCUCUGGUGUAUCUGACACCCUAUGUUCAGUAUUCUGGUGCUGAACAAACGGUUAGAGUCGAUGUCAAGGGUCGGAGAGACUUCACCAAUUGUAGGUUUCUGCGAGAAAGGUUAUAUCUAUGUCCUUAAAUCAGUAAGGAGUCUUUCCCCUAGUAACAUAGAAUGUGACGGCAGAUAAGAACCAUUCGGCCCAUCUAGUCUGCCCAAUUUUCUAAAUCCUUUAAUUAGUCCCUGGCCUUAUCUUAUAGUUAGGAUAGCCUUAUGCCUAUCCCACGCAUGCUUAAACUCCUUUACUGUGUUAACCUCUACCACUUCAGCUGGAAGGCUAUUCCAUGCAUCCACUACCCUCUCAGUAAAGUAAUACUUCCUGAUAUUAUUUUUAAACCUUUGUCCCUCUAAUUUAAGACUGUCCUCUUGUUGUGGUAGUUUUUCUUCUUUUAAAUAUAGUCUCCUCCUUUAGUGUGUUGAUUCCCUUUAUGUAUUUAAAUGUUUCUGUUUCUAAAUAUCCCCCCUGUCUCGUCUUUACUCCAAGCUACACAUGUUAAGAUCGUUUAACCUUUCCUGUUAAGUUUUAUCAAUGUCCUUCAAGAAGGAAUUGAACCAGUGACCUAAGAUUGCUAUCAUAUACCAACUACAGUCCUCCGCUCUACCAGCUGAGCUAUCGAAGGUAAUUUUCCUAGUAGCACUCAGGAAGGCCGCUUUAUCUUGCCUGUUUUGGAACUUACUCUGGAGAUCACUUGUGGUAGUUCCUGGGGGUAUUUGUGGUUUAGGCAGGCGAAACAUUUCAUCAAGCUGUAACCCUUUAGCUUGCUUUCGAGGUAAGAGGGCUGCAAGCAACCUACAGAGAAAAUGUGGGAGUUCUGCUGAGGUCACUCCAUCAGAGAGGCCUAUGUUUUUCACAUGCUUCCAGGGCAGCCAGUUAGUGGGUGAAUUUAGUUUGAGCAGAGGUAUCUGCUUCUGAAGCUCUAGUGGUGUGGGUUUGAGAGGUCUGCUCCACAGCUGUGAGGUGUGCGGUAAACCCCUUACAUCCUCCAUCACCUGGGAGAUCUCAGCGGAGAGCGUUUGGCGGCGUUCUGACAAGACGUUGGUGAGUAUCUCUGUGGUGAUUGGGGGAGAGGGGCCGUGGGGGCUUGGGAGGCGAAAAUCAGGACCGAUCUGGUUGAAGCUUCUUAGAUUUGUACUGUACACUAGGUGGCAAUACCACCAUGAGGGUCUAUGCAAAAUAUGUUGCAACUCCUCCCUCCCCUCGCCACCUCAGAGCACGCACAUCAGUUUUGAGCCAACAAAGUGAUCAAACCACAGGCUUCUUUGUGAGAAGUCUGAGAAAUCUAUGAGUUUAUGAGAAGUUUGUAGUUGGACCGCGCAAUUCCCCUGUAAUGUCGGAGGGGACAUGAAAGUCAGAUUCAAGGUGAGAAAAACUUUUUGACAGCUUUUACUGGGAGUGGGAGGACCUUAUCUAGAUUUCCCAUAGGGCAUAAUACACAGGUUGGAGUAACCCUUUAAGUAGUGUUUGAAAAAAAAUGAACGUUAUCUGUCGUCCUGCUUACAUUCAGGAGCUAUUUUUUGGGUGACUGAUAAUUAUGAGAAAAAUGCCAAUGAUGAGAGAGGUGUGCAUAGAAAAAAUUCAGACCCUUGUUUUCUUUUGAGUCAGUGAACGAUAUCCAACUUAAAUUUACUACAAGUUUGUUAAUUGGAAGUUGAAUCGCAGUGUUUAUGUACUUUAUUUUUCUUCUGCUAAUAAAUGAGACAUCUGUCUUCUAAAAGUUCUUCCAUGAUCUCACAAUUUCAGGGCACCCUGACCCUCUUCACUAACGACAAGGGCGGGAUCAUUGAUGAUCUUAUUGUCAACAACACUUCAGAGGGUUUUCUAUAUGUUGUGUCUAAUGCUGGUUGUGCAGAAAAGGACUCUGCGCACAUGAAGGUAAAUUCUUGAUCAUUAGCUCAGCUUGCUUUGGCCAAAAGUUUUCUCCUGGCAAUUGUAGAAGGCUGGCAAAGCAUCAUGGGAGUUGUAGUUCAACACCUGCUGCAGAUAUGACUUUUGACCACCUCUGUAUUAUACUCCUCUCUGGUCAAAACUUUUUUUUUUGUCUAUAUAGAGUAAACUACAAGAGUUUAAAGCGGCUGGACAGGAUGUCGAUUUGGAAGUUUUGGAGUUUGGUCUGUUGGCUCUACAAGGUGAUGUCCCUCUAAGUGGGAGAAUCUUUGAAAUAACUUUUAUUGUUAAAGGGACACCACCAUCUCAAAAUUAAUAUAUACUAGUUAUGUUUAAAGUGCACCUAUUAUGACCAAUAAUUGGUAUAAUUUGCUAGCUAAUGCAUAGAUGAAAAAUAUAUAGUUAGCUAUAAAUCUGAAUUAUCACAGAUUGAGCUUUGCAACUCAAUCUUCAAACGUAAUCUAAUUGAAUUCUGGAAAGCAAUUUCAUCUAACUCUUUUCAGUAAAGCCAUGCCUAUUGCCAACAAGUUAUUGUAGAUAGUUGCACUGGGUCUUGAUAAAUCUGGUGUCUCUAUUCUUCCAAUUGGGGGCCUACUAAAAACAUGGUGGAGAACCACUGAACUAGUUAAUUGUUCUGGAUAGUAAUCCCUACCUCAAAUUCAUAGAGUAUGGUUUACAUUGGACUACAAGCUAUCAUAUAGAUGGAUUUUAAAUAUUGUUUUUGAAUUUCAGGUCCCUCUACAGCCGGUGUUCUGCAAUCUGGACUGACCGAUGACCUCUCCAAGCUCCCAUUUAUGACUGGAGUGACUACAACUGUGUUUGGGGUCCCUGGCUGCAGAGUGACACGGUGUGGAUACACAGGGGAGGAUGGCGUGGAGGUACUAGAUGUUACUAUGUGUAGAACAGAUACUUGUGAUGGUAUACUUUAACUGGAUGAGUGGAAUUGCAUGAUCCACCAGUCUUUGGUGCCACAUAAUCAUGACUUUGUGCUUUCGGGCAGCACAUGAAAUGGUUACCCUGCAGUAUGUGUAAAAUACAUUUACGAUUUAAGUGUCCAUGUCAUGGGUGGUGACUUUUUUUUUUUCUCUUUUUGUAAUCUUUUUAAAAAAAGAAUAUUUCCUCUUGAGCGUGCGCACACACUCCCUUCCUCUCUGUCCCAGGAUUGUACUCUUUCUCUCCAGUACCUGUUCUAUAACUUUUUUUUUUUUUACUGCUGUUGGUUCUCUGCCUUGAUAUGUCAUUCAGUGUGUGUGACAGAUCUGGUGCAUGUUCAGCUCACCCUGUACUUGAAAUAGCCCCAGGGUGAACAAAGCGUGCACAGGCAAUGGGGGAUGUGGAGGACAGGUGAGCAUUAUAGAAAAAUUUCACUUGACUUUAGAUCUGCCCACUGUCAAGUUCAAGAGAAUAUAUGAGGACAGUUGUCACUGCUUAACUUUUAGUUUAAGAAAGAAUACUUAAGCUUUAAAGGGUUACGCCAAGCAACAUGAAUACUUCAGUGUAUGUGUAGCUGGUUGUAUUGGUUAUGAUACUUGGAAUAACUUUUUUAAUGAAUGGAUGUGUCCAGGAAACAUGGUGGAUCUAGCAACAUUGUGGAUAAAUAAUAUAUUUAAAGCCCAUGACUUCACAUGUAUAUCAUCUCAUAAACCUAGGUAUUAUUGCAUUUUAUUUCUUGCAUUUCCUCCAGAAAUUUUAAACAAUCUUUUAAAUGCAAGAAGCUUCCACCUUUAACUUUUAGUAAAAUUGAAGGCACCUGUAAAUAGGGCUUCUCUUUUUGUUGUGUUUGAUUAAGGUUAUGCAUUAUUCUAUAUAAUCAAUGUGUCAGCUGAAGGGAAAAAAGCAAAAUACAAUAGUGAUGAUGAGGGUGAAUAAGAAAGCAAUGUGUGACUCUUACAGCCUUAAAUAGGACUUGACUCUUGUUAGUUUGUAAAUGUUGUUUUUUUUUUUUGUUUUUUUUUAUAACUGUUACACAUUUAUUAUUAUUGGUAUAAAUUCCCUUUAAGAAACACUCCAGGCACCAUAACCACUACAGCGCAUUUUAGAACGGUUUGACUUCUUAUCUGGGGUCUGCUGAGCCCCACUAUAGCUUAGUGAGAGCUCAAAUCUCUGCUUGGGAGCUUCAAUAAGCUCUCCUGAGCUAAACCCUGCAUUGUUGGUGCUUAGCGCAGUUAUGACCGCUUCCAGCUCUCACAGAACAGUUGUGGGAGCAGGAAGCAGCGCUUGGCAGACGCUAGAUAAGCAGUCAAACUGCUCUAGAAUAGGUUGACUUCUUACACUCAUGGCACCAUAACCACUACAGCAUACUGUUUGUAGUGUUCCUUGAAAGGGGAACCAUUACUUCUCUGGGAAGCACAACACUGAAAAAAUCAUCGAAAAUUACCUAUAACUUGUGCUGAACGUUUUUCCCCUUUUCUUGUAAUGCUACAUUUUUCUUUUUAAAUGCAUAUUUAAGAGUUGGCAAUCAAAAUCACAAUCCAUUCUAGUCUUGGCACACACUGAGACGUAGGAGGAGAAAUAGAAACAUCAUGGGAACUUUAGCAAUGUGUUUAUGCUCUAAAACAGGCUUCCUCAAACUUCGGCCAUCCAGAUGUUGCUGAACUACAACUCCCAUGAUUCUAUGAAUGAAAUAGACUGAGAAUCACCCCCUCAGUGCUUAAGCUGGUUUUAGCUCAUCUUGUGCCAUUACGGAGAGAACCAGACCAUUUGCAUCUGCCCAAAAAGGCAGAAUAGAUCCAAAAAUACAGGCCGGCUCUCUGCACGAGAGAUACAGCAACCCCAUACAAUCGUUUCAACCUUGUUAAGCAUCAUCAGUGAGGUAUAGCCAAUAUCUCUCUAGGCACCGUGAGCAAAGGGUCCACAUCUGGAUUACCCUUUAAUACAAGUCACAAGAAAGAGCUCACGGUGCCUAGAGGGAUAUUGGCUAUACCUCACUGAUGAUACAAGGUUGAAACGAUCGUCUGGGGUUGCUGUAUCUCUCGUGCAGAGGGAACUUGCUGGCAUUUCGGAUCUGGGCUGCCCGUAUGCUUCAGAUAUGUUCUCUCUGUAAUUGCACAAGAUGAGCUAAAACCAGCUUGAGAUCUGAGCGGGGACCCACUGAAGGGCAGGCUAAUUGAGCUGUUGUCCGUUCUCACCUCUCUUGCUACUUGUUUUUCUCUCCAUAACAAAAUAAUAAUAUAAUUCCUAGCAAGGGGCAAUUCCCCUUUAAAGGGGCAGCAUUAUUCAUUCAGUCCUUUCAUUCUUUCCCAUUAUCUAUUUAUUUAAGUAUCAUAAACAAUCGAUUUUACUGGGAUUCUCAGAGAUAAGGGCCUGGGGCUGUCAACCAUGAUGUGUAUCAUGUAUGUACAACUCAGAAGACGUGACUUUGCUUGUAGAGUACUCUAACAGUUUGAAGAUUUAGUGCAUAGCAAGAAUGCCACGAAGUGAAAGUUGGCCUUCCUAAUGUGUAUAUAUGUGUAUAUAUGUAUGUAUGUAUGUAUAUGUGUGUGUGUGUAUAUAUAUAUAUAUAUAUAUAUAUAUAUAUAUAUAUAUAAUGUAUAUGUAUUUAAAUGAGGAUUGUGGCAGUGAGAAUAGAAAUUUCAUGUUCUCUUCAAACGCCAUAAUACACACAGUAGACCGGACCAUUGAUAGGAUUCUUUUGACAGCAUUUUAAAAACCGGCAUUGCAAAAACAACCAUGGGACCAUUUCUAUUAAAUAUAGUAAUUCCUUUUACUCUGUCUCGGAUUACUGCUGUUCUUUCAGGAAAGCCAAAACCACAUUACUGUCCCUUUUAUUCCUUGCUCUUUAUCUCCCUUCUCUCUACAAUCUCUCUCUUGUGCCACGUCUUCCUUUACAGAUCUCUGUUCCUGGGGAUAGAGCAGUAGAGUUGGCUGAUAAGCUCCUGCAGAACAGUGAAGUGAAGCUGGCAGGUCUGGCUGCUAGGGACAGUCUUCGUUUGGAGGCCGGCCUCUGUUUGUAUGGGAAUGACAUUGAUGAAACCACCACUCCAGUGGAGGCCAGCUUGGUGUGGACACUGGGUAGGUGAGACAUUACCCAUAUGAGGAGAAUAACUCCAGUAAAAGCUAAAAAGCUAUCUAGUGUUGUCUCAAGCAUUGGUUCCCAAAACUGUCUUCAAGGCACGCCAAUAAUGCUAUAUUUCACCAUUUCCUGGUUGGGUUCCGAUGCGAAACGGUCAUAAACUAACCUGUUGGUGUGCUAUGAGGGACUGGAUUGGGAACGUCUGCACUAAGGUGCAAUUAUCCAAUCGAGAAGGCACUUUCCAAAGAAUAUCUGAAGGUGGCAGUGUUGCUCACAAAUUAUGCGUAGAGAAACUUGCAAUACAAAAGGUAUUGGUAUUUAAUCAGAAAACAAACUGCAACUAAGCAUAAAUGUACAUGUUAUCAUUUUUCUUCCUUAUGGCAAGUGUUUCCGGUGUCAUUGCACUUUGAUUGCUUUAGACUGAUGUAACUGCAGACCAAAUAUAUGACUUAACACAGACCAGCUUCUGAAUGUAUACUCUCAUUACCAUGAUACAAAAAUCUGUUAUGUGAGUUAAUCAUUUUUCUUUUUAUGUGUUGGAAUAAUAAGAAUUCUACUUUGAGUGUAGACGGUUACCUUUAACACCCCAAAUGUUCCUGAACUAGAUUUUCCAUGAUGCCCAGUCACCAUUAAUUUAUUCCUAUAAUUUGCGUUCCCAUGACGAUGUUCCACCAUUCCUAGUUUGGUUAAACAGAGUGUAUAUUGAAUAGAUGCAGUAUUUCGGCAUACUCCCCCCUACCCGCAAACCACAAUUUUGUGAUCAUCAUUUCCUAAUGAUUUUCCUGCAGGUAAAAGGCGCAGGGCAGCUAUGGACUUUCCAGGAGCAUCUGUGGUUGUACCUCAGAUAAAAGGCAAGGUUGCAAGGAAGAGGGUGGGCAUGACCUCAACUGGUCCGCCUGUGAGGCAACAUACACCCAUAAUGAACAUGGAAGGACGUGUUAUUGGUGAGUACUGGUACCGAUAAACCAGAAUUUUCCCAAGUUCAACCUAGAAAAUAAGAAAAGCCUGCCUCUGCCGGGCUCUGGGGAGAGAAAAAGGGUUAAACUUACCUUUUUUCCAGCGCCGGGUGGAGAGCUCUCCUCCUCCUCUCUGGCUCUUCUCCUCCUCUUCGGCUGAAUGCGCAUGCGCUGCAGGAGCUGCGAGCGCAUUCAGCCAGUCUCAGAUGUUCACAGUGAGAAGCACGCAAACACCUCUAGCGGCUGUCAAUGAGACAGCCACUAGAGGCUUUAGAGCAUGGGUCGUCAACCUGGUCCCUACCGCCCACUAGUGGGCGUUUUAGGAUUCCAGGUGGGCGGUAGGGAUUUCUGAGGCUAAAUCCUCUUUUUAAGAGGAUUUCUCCUUUUGGGCGGGCGCGAGCGGCUCUGCAUGCGCAAGUCUUCAGUGACCGGCAGGAGGAAGCGCUCCCUCCUGCCAGGCCACCUUCUGGACCCCCCGGCAUGGCAGCGUUCUAAUCAGUCGCGGCGAGGGAGCUCUAACCUCUCUGCUCUGCUCCCUCGCGCGAUGUUUGCUGAUGCCGCGGGAGCCGGAAUAUGAUGUCAUAUUCCGGCUCCCGGCAUCCGUAGACAGUCCGCGAGGGAGCAGAGCAGAGAGGUUAGAGCUCCCUCGCUGCGUCUGAUUAGCCGCCCGCCUAAGUGAAGCCCCACUGGACCCCAGGGACAGAUCCACACCAGCUCUCCAGGUAGGGAGGCUGGGUGGAUAUUUAAUAUUAAUAAUUUGUGUGUACAUGUGUUUGUCUCUAAGUGUAUGUGUGUGUGUGUGUACAUGUGUUUGUCUCUAAGUGUAUGUGUGUGUGUGUGUAUGUGUGUGUGUCUGUAAGUGUAUGUGUGUGUGUCUGUAAGUGUAUGUGUGUGUGUCUGUAAGUGUAUGUGUGUGUCUGUGUCUGUAAGUGUAUGUGUGUGUCUGUGUCUGUAAGUGUAUGUGUCUGUCUGUAAGUGUAUGUGUCUGUCUGUAAGUGUAUGUGUCUGUCUGUAAGUGUAUGUGUCUGUCUGUAAGUGUAUGUGUGUGUGUCAGUAAGUGUGUGUGUGUCUGUGGGUCUGUCUGUGCAUGUGUGAGUGUCUGUAAGUGCAUGUGUGAGUAUGUGUAUAUUUGUGUGUAUGUGUUUCAAUGUGAGUGUGUGUGUGUGUAUGUGUUUGCCUGUGAGCAGAGUACUUGUAGAAUAGAAGAAAGAAGGUGCAGAGUACUUGUAGAAUAGAAGAAAGAAGGUGCAGAGUACUUGUAGAAUAGGAGAAAGAAGGAGUAGAGUACUUCUAGUAUAGGGGAAAGAAGGAGUAGAGUACUUCUAGUAUAGGGGAAAGAAGGAGUAGAGUACUUCUAGUAUAGGGGAAAGAAGGAGUAGAGUACUUCUAGUAUAGAGGAAAGAAGGAGUAGAGUACUUGUAAAAAAGGAGAAGGAAAGAAAAGGAAAAGGAGAGAAUUGUUGUUGACUAAUAAUAGUAAGUGGGCUACCUAGCUCAGCCUUCCUACUGGGCAUUGCUAUAAGGAAGGUUAAAAAAUAGAAAAAAGGGGAAAAAGGUGGGAAGGGGAAUUGAGGAGGGAGAGGAGGGGAGCUGACGCACAGAUGAGAAAUCAUUUUAUGAGCAAACAAAGAAGUCUUCCGAUUAUCACUGAAAGAGGAGACCUUCGUUUGUUCCUUAUGAAAAUCGAACCAGAUAUCAAAUAUUUAGUCUCGCAGCAUCAACCUCAAGGAUCUCAUUAAUCACUAGUAAAGGUAAGUUCAAUUUACUUUAUUGCUUCCUCAUUAAACUUUAUAAAGUUAAAAACAUUAUAAACAUGCAUAAAGUAGAAAUAAAAAGAUAAAUGUACGUUCAUUUAUGUAUUUUUUAAAACACCCUCCUUUCUAAAAAAUAUUCCGCGCUUGCGCGAAAACUGGUGGGCGGUAAGGAAAUUUUUCCAUCAAGAAAGAUGCAUUAGUGGGCGGUAAGUGGAAAAAGGUUGACUACCACUGCUUUAGAGGCUGGAUUAACCCAUUUAUAAAUGUAGCAGUUUCUCUGAAACUGCUAUGUUUAUUUUAAAAAGGGGUUAAUCCUAGAGGGACCUGGCACCCAGACCACUUCAGUAAGCUGAAGUGGUCUGGGUGCCUAGAGUGGUCCUUUAAAUAUAUAGUUUUUGCAAUAAAUAAAAAAUAAACCUGCCUCCUUAGCCACACCCUCUCAAGCCAGAAAUACUUUCUUAUCAAAAGUAUGCACAGUCUCAGCGCAACUGCUCUGAGAUGAGUGACUUUUAAUUCACAACCUGGCUGCGGACAGCCAGAGAAACUAGAAUAAGCUAUAUGUCUCCCUGGGUGCCCUCUCCUUCUAAUGCAGGUUACCUUGUGGUUUAGAUCAUUCUGUACUGUCCAACAGCGCUGUAUGCAUGCAUUUGAUAAGGAAGUAUUUUUCUAGAGUGAGGGUGUGUGGCUAAAGAAGCAGGCUUUUGGUACAGCAUUCUGUAACACAUUUAUUUAUUUUAAGCAAAAACUGGAAAGGUUUAAACAUGCAAAAGAUAUGACAUAUCAAUGAGGCCAAACCCUAUCAAAUGUAUUAAAGUUGUUUUGGUGUCUGGAGUGUCCCUUUUAAUUAACCUAAUUAGCUCUUAAUUAUGUUUAUUUACUUGUGUAAUGUCUUAAUUAUCUACAAAAUGUAGUAAAACUACUUUUCACCCCACACGUUUAUAUUUUGUAUUCUUUCUCUUAUUGUGAGUUCUGUUUUAACUGUCCCUUUUGAUGAAUCUAUAUGAAUAAUAAUUUUCCAAUAAUGUUUUCAAUCCAAUGCAGUUUUCCUUAGACAUAUGCAGUUAGGUGUACCCAGAAUCCUUAUGGUAUUGCCCAUGUUUUCCUGUUUCCCUCUAUAGGGGAGGUUACCAGCGGCUGUCCUUCUCCAUGUCUGAAGCUGAAUGUGGCUAUGGGUUACGUGGAACCUGAAUACAUGAAACCUGGCACUGCUCUGAAAGUGGAGAUCAGGAAGAAACUUGUGGAUAGCAUCACCAGCAAAAUGCCGUUUGUGCCAACAAAAUAUUACACUGUGAAAUGAAAACGGUGACUUUGACGUGCACAAUCGUCACACAGACCAUGCUAGGGCAACCUGCAGUCAUCAAACAGCUUACAUAUAGUUCCUAUAUUGCUGUGUGACUGUGCUUGUAUCACUAUGUAACUGUUUUGCCAAUGAUCUGUCUUUGUUCUAAUUCUGUAUACUAUUGUGGGACAUUGUGUGGAGAAAGCUUUUUCUUCUCCUCCUCCCACCCCCCUCAUAUAAACCAGUGUUUCAAACAAGAAAAAUCCAGGUUUACAAAUGCAGGACUAGUGUCCUUUUAACUCUUGGAAUUCCAGUAGUAUACCUGAACUCUGGCACUCAAAAGUACUGUUAAUAUUGUUACCUGUAUAAGUAGAUGGAAUGGGAUAGGGACCAUGUUCCUGCUGGUCAUAUAAAGUCUCAGGUCUUCUUCUAAAUGUGUCAAAAAUAAAAGCAUUCCUGCCCCAGUAUGUGGGCUGUUAUUCAUGUGUCACAUAACAUUAUUCAACAUUUUACAUUGGAUGAUGCCUCUAGACAUCGUAGUGGGGGUGAUUCUGGAGUUAUUUCAGGAAGAGCUGAAUAAAUAACAUAAAUGCUAAGUUUAGGGCAAGUUUCAGCAUUGGAAACAUUCUCCAGUGUUGAAGUUUAGCUGUGUAGCAACAAUUCACUGUUUACUAACUAAAGUCCAUGUGACACUUCUGGCUCCAUACAAAGUACUAGAGGAGAGGAGUGUCACCCCGGUGGACUCCAGCCAAUAGUAUGACUCUUACAAUUGGGGACGCCAGGGCACUCCUGGUGCUUGGAGCAUUUGUUAAACAUUAGUCAUAUGCAAAUAAGUGCACAAAGUCACAUGUGUGGUCACAUGAUACAGUGUCCUCCCCCCCCCGACUGUCACUUUAAAUGUGUGUUGGUCAAUACCGGGUAGAGAUAUAACAUUUGGCAGUUUUCCUUUUAAAGUUUUACUCUCGUAAUAAAAUUAAAAAAAAAGUAAAUUGUAUUAUAACCUACUUUUUAUUUAAUAUAUAAAUACAGCUACAGACAAAUUAUUCCCUCAUAAGGAAACUGUCUGGGGAAAAAAAAUAUUUAAAAAAAAUCCAGUUGCAAAUUUUUUGCUUUUCUACCACUUUUUGAGUACUGUUUAUAAAUAACAUUUUACAUUUUGGAUUCGAUAUCAAUGGCAUUUGACAUAUAUAUGGUCCCAAGCUAAUUUUUAGUUCUAUUAUUAUUAGAUUUAGCCCUGUGAAUUACUGCUUCGUUUGGUUGAUUUUCACCUGUACUCCC